AUGAUCAAAAAUUUCGAUGGUUCAUUUCCUGAUCCAUCAGAACUCGUCCUUGAAUACACGCCAACGUUCGAUCUAUCUCAAUUCAAACCACAAGUAGGUGAUAUUUUUCGAUUCUACAUCUCCGAAAGAUUCUUUUUAAAUUCGAAUACAAAUAUUACUUCUCGAAACAUAUCAGGUACAACAUUUUACACUCCAAAUUCCGAUAUUGUUGAUAUUGCAAUUCAUUGCGGCUGUUUAUUCGCACAUCCAAAAAGCUCAGGAUUAACAAGAAGAUGGUGUACUGUUUUAAAUUUCUUUGAAGCUUUAUGCAACGAAGAUAAGUACCAAAAAGUUGCUGAAGUCAUUGAAUUAUCGAAUUACGCCCAAGUAAAAGGAUUACUACUUGAUAUUUUAAUAGACAAUACGCUUCCAUCAUAUUACAGCUCUACACGUAAUGGUUUGAAGUCAAAAUCAUUCAAUUCCUUAACAGAUUAUUCAAUUCGUGUUAUUAAUUACAAGAUAUUAACAAAAUUCGAUCGAAUUCCACGUAUUGCCGAACCAUCAAAAUAUGUUAGAUCUAGAAUCAAGAUGCCUGUAUUCAAAUUUGCUUUUAACAGAGAAAUCGGUGUGAAUUAUUCGAUUGAAGUGUUUUCUUCUUUAUUUAAUCCAGAAACAAUCAAUAAUGACUUCUUUACUAUUUACAGGUUAUUUUUUGAUAUUAAUCAAAAUAGAUAUGAAAUUCGCUAUUCAGACGAAGAUGGUAACUUCUGGUUAACACAACUAGAGAAUCCAAUUGAUGUCAAGGAACUAAAAACAAGAAAAUCCAAGAAAACAAAAGAAAAAAUACUUUUUGACAGAUUAACUUUCUUUGAUAUUGUUCCAACACCAACAGGAAUUAAUGUUAAAGGUACUCUAUUCGAACCAAUAUCAACAAUACUUGUUCCGAUGUUUUAUGGAAAAAUUCUCAUCGGACCAAAAGCAAAAAUUAGCCAGGAUUAA